CUCUUUUUCUUUUUAAGAUUCCUAUGGAUCAUUAUAAACCCCUUCAGGUCAUUGCUUCCACACAGAUCUCUAAGCAACUCAAAGCUUUUCAAUUCUCUUUCCAUUUUGCUUUCACAACAAUGCGGUUGAUAUACCUCUUUUUGUUUACAGUCUUUUUCGUUGCUAAAGCUACAGUUCCACCUUCUGAGACAUUUCAAUACGUCAAUGAAGGUGAAUUAGGACCUUAUAUCAUAGAGUACGAUGGUAACUAUCGAGCUUUACCACCAUUCAGUGCCCCAUUCCAGCUUUGCUUCUACAACACCACCCCCAAUGCAUAUACCCUAGCCUUGCGUAUGGGGCUUACGCGAUCCGAGUCGUUGUUCCGGUGGGUUUGGGAAGCGAACCGCGGGAACCCAGUUCGGGAAAACGCCACGUUGACAUUCGGAAGUGAUGGAAACCUUGUCUUGGCCGAUGUAGAUGGUCGGAUUGCUUGGCAAACCAACACGGCUAACAAAGGCGUGACAGGGUUCAAAGUACUUCCUAAUGGGAACAUGGUGCUUCAUGAUUCCAAAGGUAAUUUUAUUUGGCAAAGUUUUGAUUAUCCUACCGAUACCCUAUUAGCAGGCCAGUCUCUUCGCCUUGGUAGUGCAACCAAGCUUGUGAGUCGGGCCUCUGCUAUGAACAACUCGGACGGUCCUUAUAGCCUGGUCAUGGAAUCCAAAGCAUUAGUUUUGUACUAUAAGGCCUCAAAUACCCCUAGGCCAAUUCUUUAUUUCAAUCAUGAGUUUUGGGUAAAUGUCAGAAAGGGUCCCUUAGAAUAUGUAAAAUUCAAUUCCACCUCGGAAGAUGAUGAGGGUACUGCCUAUGGGCUAAAUCUAGAGUAUCAAGUAGCUAAUUCUUCUACCGGAGGGACUCUACGGAUCGGAAGACCGAACUACAACAGCACGUUAUCGUUUCUCCGACUUGGAAUGGAUGGAAACCUUAAGGUUUACACUUACUAUGACCCUGUAUUUGACAGUGCAUGGGAGGUAACCUUCACUCUUUUCUCCAGAGAUUCAUUCUGGGGUAGUGAGUGCCAAUUGCCUGAACGGUGUGGGAAAUUCGGGCUUUGUGAGGACAGUCAAUGCGUGGCUUGUCCAUCGCCAAAUGGGCUGUUGGGUUGGAGUAAAGAUUGCGAUGUCAAGAAAUUAUCAAGUUGUAACGAGAAGGAUUUCAAUUAUUACAAGCUGGAUGGGGUGGAUCACUUUAUGACUACUUACACAAGAGGAAAUGCCAUCAAACAGGAUGAAUGUGGUAAUAAAUGUACAAGGAAUUGCAAGUGCAUGGGUUACUUUUACAACCAGGAAACCUCAAGGUGUUGGAUGGCUUAUGAUCUCAAAACCCUAACACGAGUUGCAAAUUCAACCCAUGUGGCUUACAUCAAGGCUCCAAAAUAGUGAUAAAGCUGGGAUUAGUUUCCUUUUUAAAAAAACAUUAGCAUUAUCUUGGAUCCAAUAAAGUUAAUCCAAAAAUGGGAUCAUGUUUGUAGCUUAUUUUUGUAUCCAAUAAAAUAUGGUGUGUUUUUAUUUUCAAA